AUGACACAACCAUCAUCUGCGUCCUCGCUGUCUGUCGAAGAUCUAACACGGCUUUUUUCCGGGAACUUUGUUUCCGAACCUCAGGCUGUUCCCAUGAACAGACGUUACAAAGCAUCCCCACUCAUGCAAAUGUCUCUAGAAGAAUCACAAGAAGCUCGAAGACGGCGAGCUUUGGAAGAACAACAGAGAAGACGACGCGACUUUACUGAUCAUGCACGUAGGUUGGUGCUUUAUCAAGCAAUAAAGCUGUCUGACGAAGAACAAGACGAGGAAGGAGAUCAAGAUGUCGUUGAAGCCAAGACGGAACCCAGUCCAGGAGAAGCAAGUAGCUCAAUGGAAGGCGUAGUUGUCGAAAGAAAAUCUUUACGGUCGAGAAGAGCAAGGCCUCAUAAAAAAACCAAGAACAACAAACUUUAUGGUAACCAGAUUAUGUAUGCAGAGUGGAUGUUAGAAAUCCCUGCUGACUUGCAAGAGAAUUGGUAUGUUGUACUGUGCCCUGUUGGAAAACGAUGUCUUCUGACAACAGCCAAAGGGAAGACUACUUGCAGACAUCGUCAUGGUUUUGUAAUGAAUGUCUUCGAAUCUAUAUUACCGGCUGGAUCACUUUCCUACAGAGGAAACAAAACAACAGAUUAUUGUAUACUAGAUUGCAUUUUUGACCAAACAACAUCUACGUUCUAUGUCCUAGACCUGAUGUGUUGGAAAGGUCAUCCAAUAUACGAUUGCGAUACAGAAUUCAGAUUUUACUGGCUACAGGCAAAGCUCAGCGAACUUGAAUAUUCAACCAACACGUCAAAAUAUUCAUUUAAGCCACUCACUGUAUUCACUUGCCUGCCUGAACAUGUUGCGAUGCUUAUGCAAAACUCUAGACAGUUUGGAUACGAUCCAGAUGGGUUAUUGUUUUAUAAUCGGAAAACUCAAUACGUGCUCGGGGAUACGCCGUUGUGUGGAUGGGUGGGAAUGGAGAAAGCGUACGAAAUAUUUGGACCGUUACUUGGUAUUAGUCCUAACAUUCCAACGGAAUUGCCCAAUGAAGAGAUGAAUGUGGAGUAA